UUUAGUUUGCUACUGAAGCUAAAACGAGUAACAAUAAAGCCGACUUUCUGUUUUCUAGCAAAGAUAUAAGCGUGUUUUGUCAGCGAACAACAUGAACACGCUUGUUUGAAGUCGUGUUUUGGUACUUCAAAACAGUUUAUUGAAGUCCAGAAACUUGAAGUGGACGGUUUAGGUGAAUGUGGUGAAAGGAUUCUUGUCCAUCCACGUCCAACCACACCAUCUGAACACCAUGCCGUUCCCAUUCGGGAAGUCUCAGAAGAGCCCAGCUGAGAUUGUAAAGAAUCUCAAGGAUAACAUGAUGUCUUUAGAGAAGCUGGAUUCAUCUGACAACAAGAAAUGUGAAAAGGUAGCUGAGGAGGUUUCGAAAAACCUAGCUUUGUUGAAAGAGGUGCUGUGUGGCACUGGAGAUAAAGAGCCUCAAACUGAAGCAGUGGCACAGCUGGCUCAGGAGCUUUACAAUACCAACCUGUUUAUCGCUCUUAUAGCCAACCUGCAGAGGAUCGACUUUGAGGGAAAGAAGGAUGUGGUUCAUCUGUUUAGCAACAUAGUUCGUCGUCAGAUUGGUACUCGCACCCCCACCGUUGAGUACAUUUCCUCCCACUCUCAGAUUCUCUUCAUGCUGCUGAAAGGUUAUGAGAGUCCAGAAGUGGCUCUGAACUGUGGCAUGAUGUUGAGGGAGUGUCUGCGUCAUGAACCUCUUGCCCGAACUGUCCUCUUCUCUGAGGAAUUCUACUGCUUCUUCCGCUAUGUGGACCUCUCAACCUUUGACAUUGCCUCUGAUGCAUUCGCCUCAUUUAAGGAUCUUCUAACGAGACACAAGAUCAUGUGUGCAGAUUUCUUGGAGACAAAUUAUGACAAAGUGUUUACAGAGUACGAGAAGCUGCUGCAUUCUGAUAAUUAUGUAACCAAAAGGCAGUCCUUAAAGCUCUUGGGUGAACUCCUGCUGGACAGACACAACUUUACAGUCAUGACCAGAUACAUCAGUCGAGCAGAGAACCUGAAACUGAUGAUGAACAUGCUAAGGGACAACAGUCGCAACAUCCAGUUUGAGGCCUUUCAUGUCUUUAAGGUGUUUGUCGCCAACCCAAAUAAGACACAGCCUGUGCUUGACAUUCUGUUGAAGAACCAGUCCAAGCUGGUGGACUUUCUGAGUCACUUCCAGAUAGACCGCUCAGAGGACGAGCAGUUCUGCGACGAAAAGAACUAUCUCAUCAAGCAGAUACGAGACCUCAAGAGGCCUGCGCCAACGGCGGAAGCUUAAAGAAGAGCAGGAUGGAGGAGUGACGUUCGUAGUACAGAUGAGGGAGGGAAUUAGUGGGAUGUAGAGAGAAUAAAGACAGACGGGCCUUAGUGAAAUACCAAUUUAUUUGCAACUAGCAUCUGAAAUGGGUAAACAAAUGCAACAGUCAAUAUGUGCAAACUCUGUCUUUCCAUUUGUUAUGAACAAGGGUGAUUUUUACUGUCAGUAAUGCAGGUCGACCUCAAGCGCUGUUUAUACUCCAAAGCCUUUUCCUCACAUGAGUAAAAACUUAGAUGAAUUAUAUUGAGCCUUUUGAUGUUUUGACACCGGUCUAUUUGGGUCUUUUGACUAUCUGUGACCAGAUCAUUUCAUCUGUAGAAUAUAUUUUUAUAAGUUAAAAACUGACCCACUGAUUGACUGAUUUUUCUUCUUUCUCUGUAAUGAAGCAAGAAGUCAUUUGUUUAAGGACAAACCUUUUUGCUGUGCAUUUUUUCUACUACAUUUCAAAAUUUUAGAGAAGACAUUUAAGUUAUGGGUAGAUCACGGUAGAAUGCAAAUGUGAACAAUAAACUGAAAGCAUGGCUACAAAACGUCAUAACCCUUGUAAAUAAAACACACACUUUUAUGACAAC